AGCCGCGCUCCGCGACGUCGCCGCGCUCCACAUCGUCGCCGCCACUGUUCCGUCACGGGAGAAGGACGCGCGAAGGAAAGAGAGAAGGAUCCGAGGCUGGGCUGAGGUCCAACCAGCGCGCCUUGUCGCUGUUCACGUCGCCAGCGUCGCCUUCGUCGGAACUGCCGCCGUCGCGACCAGCUUCCAUCUCCGUGGAGGAUGGUUGUGGAUGAGAGGGGAUGAAGCUGCCUCUGCCACCGGAGAACGCACUGCCGGUCGCCGCUGCCGCUUGAGGUGGCUGCCGUGGCUGCCGCCAAACCGGUUCGGAGACUGUCGCUGUUUCAGUUCAGCCAUUCUUCCUCUGUCUUGGUAAGCGUUUUUGGUUCGAGAAGCCUUUUGUCGCUGUUCUGAUAAUUUAUGCUGGUGUUGCGACGUCGUCUGUCGUUGGGUUGUGUAUCGAUGCAAUAUUCGCGAUGUUAAUGGUUUUAGGAGUUAGAAACCGAGUUUGCAUGUGGCGUUUGAGGCUGUUUCUGCCUCUGAGAAAGCAAGCGAAGCUGAGGUUUGUGGUUGCCGUUGGUUUCGGGCAGAGAGAAAAGAGUUCAGUUGAUGUGUUUAAGUUAUGGUUUCGACUAGUCUAGUCCAGAGUACUGGCAGCUGUUUCCUUAGCCGUUCAUUGUCUUCAGUCACACUCCACACGUCAAGCCGCAUACACACUAUUCAUUCUUUCCUUCUUCCUUUCUGCCCCCAUUCUUAUAUAAGCGUUGAUGUUUCUCUCAUACACCAAACAGAAAACAUUAAAACACCACUCUCACAAUCGAUGGAGAGCGACACGCUUCUUCCUCACACCACCGUUUCUUGGACCGAACACAGCAAUGACAUUGGAAUUUCCAUGAAUGCCCCUCUCACUUCCUUCAAAUCCAUACUCCAACCUCCUCCAAUUACCAUAAACCCCUUCCCGUUCCCACAACAACAUACCGCACCCACUCUCACUACUACUGCUGAUGAUGACAACUUUCUCACACACCAAAACAUGGACUCCAACAAUCCUUUUGAUAAUGCCUUCGAUUUGGGACCUGACACCGCUUUCUUCUUCUCCGGGAACCAUUCUUCUCAAACUGGCUCGCCUGACAUGAGUUCCGGUACCGAAUUCCCGCCGGCGACUCGGCUGCUCCCGGCGGGGGCUACCGACGAUGAUCCCAUGGCGCUGGGUGCUGGAUUUGGUGCCUCCGCUGCGUUUGAAAUGGAAGCAGUUGGUGGCUCUGGAAACGCUCUGUUUUCGAGCAGGGGAAAGGGAUUGGAAGCUUUGGAAGUGAGUAAUUUGAAGAGGGUGCAGGAAGUUGAAGAAGCUAGCAAUGAGGGUUCAAUGUGGAAUUCUGAAGAGGAUGAUGAGAGAACUGAUGAGGUGGUGGUCGAGGAGAGUGGGAAGAAGAAGAAGAAGGGGAUGCCGUCCAAAAAUCUUAUGGCGGAGAGGCGGCGAAGGAAGAAGCUCAAUGAUAGGUUGUACAUGCUUAGGUCUGUUGUGCCAAAUAUUAGCAAGAUGGACAGAGUUUCGAUACUUGGAGAUGCAAUUGACUACAUGAAGGAGUUACAGCAGCGGGUCAAUGAUCUUCAAAAUGAACUGGAGUCAACUCCAACUAGCUGUUCGCCAUCAUCUUCCACCAGCAUUCAACCUUUGACACCCACACUGCAAACCCUUCCAUGCCGGGUGAAGGAAGAACUGUGUCCGAUGCCAAUCCCAGGAAACCAAACAGCAAAGGUGGAAGUUAAGGUAAGGGACGGCAAAGCUGUCAACAUUCACAUGUUUUGUAGCCGCCGACCAGGUCUUCUGGUCUCUACAAUGCAGGCUCUGGAUAACUUCGGAUUAGAUGUUCAGCAAGCUGUUAUUAGCUGCUUCAAUGGUUUUGCUUUAGACAUCUUCAAAGCUGAGCAAUGCAGAGAAGGGCAGGAUGUGCUUCCUGAGGAAAUCAAAGCAGUUCUGCUGGAUUUAGCAGGAUCCAAAUAAAGCAUUACUAGGAAGAUCAAACAGCAGACUAGCUUAAUUUGAAGGUUGAAGAGUUGUCUUGUGAUAUCUUGUCAUGACUUUUAGCAAAGCAAAUGAUGUCACAUUAUUUUUUUAAGUCAUGGAUUAUAUCUUGUUUGUUUUAUUUGCCUGUUUAUUUUAGUCAUGGAAUAUUUUUCUUAAA